UAUGGCGCACAGAGCAGCGCAUCUACCAGCUGUAUGCAUUGCUUCAACCGACUCGUUUACUGCUUUUUAUUUGUCCGUUUUCCUCGCCUUUGCAGCAUUUGAAGCAGUGAACGCCGAGAAUGUGUUCAGUGCCGGCCACACGGCUACUGCACCUAUCGCUGCAGCAGCCAGGGAUCUACGGUACCUUCUGUAUGACGUGAACCCCCCGGAGGGUUUCAAUCUGCGGAGAGAUGUCUAUAUCCGCAUGGCCUCCCUGGUGAAGACUUUGAGGAAGGAGGGGGAUGACUGGGUAUUGGUGCUGCCCCCGUGGGGUCGUCUCUACCACUGGCAGAGCGCCAACGUCCACCAGAUUCGCGUCCCGUGGGGGGAGUUCUUCAGCCUCACUAGCCUGCAGGCCAAUGUUCCUGUCGUUGAGUAUGAGGAAUUCAUCGCAGAAAACGGAGGCCCAUUCAUAGACCAUGUUCUGGUACUGCAAAACUACGCUGAGGGAUGGACUGACGGGAAAUGGGAGGAAAAAGUUGAUGAGCGGCCAUGCAUUGACAAGUUGAUGUACUCCAAAGAUAAACAGGGUUACUACAGGGGCUGGUUUUGGGGCUACGAGGAGACGAGAGCUCGAAACGUAACGUGUAUAUCAGCCCAAGGCCAUGCCUCCAUCAUGGCCCCAGUUCUUCAGAAAAACAUCACAGGGACAUCAGUAAUGCUUGACCGAGCAGAGACACUUCUCCAUGAUCACUAUGCUGGGAAGGAUUACUGGGAUACCCGCCGCAGCAUGGUUUUUGCCAAGCACCUGAGACUUAUAGGAGAUGACUUCAGAGAAAAGUACCUGAACUCUACAGAUGACAGAGACCAAACCGUUUACAAUGAGGAUUGGACUCGCUUGAAAGCCAAGCUAGGCUCAGCUAAAGGUGGUUCAUAUCUGGGGGUCCACCUGCGCAGGAAAGACUUCAUCUGGGGCCACAGAGAGGAUGUACCAAGCCUAAAGGGGGCAGUGAAAAAAAUGCGCAGCUUGAUGAAGAAGCAUAAACUCGACAAUGUGUUUGUUGCGACAGAUGCAGAUGAGGAAGAAUUAAGGGAGCUGAAAAGGUUGUUGCCGGAAAUGGUGCGGUUUGAGCCGUCCAGAGAGGACCUGGAGCUCUUUAAAGAUGGAGGGGUGGCCAUCAUUGACCAGUGGAUAUGUGCCCAUGCAAGAUUCUUCAUAGGAACAUCAGUGUCCACCUUCUCUUUCCGGAUCCAUGAAGAGAGGGAGAUCUUGGGUUUUGACCCCAAAGCUACAUACAAUCGUUUCUGUGGGGACACUGAAAAAGAAUGCGAACAGCCCACACACUGGAAAAUAGUUUUUUGAUGUGACCAAUCUUUUUUCUGACACACGCAAGUGCCAAAAGCAGUGUUAAAAGUGACAUAUAUUUGUAUGGAAUAUACAACAUAUUUUAACUGUUAUAUGGUGUAUUUUUUAUUUUUUAAGUUUCAGAGUUGUGCAAUCAGGUCGGAAGUGACCACUGUGACUGAACCUUAUGCUCAAAAGGGAAAGACUGGGCUGCCAAACAUGUAUUACUGUAAUGCUCAACAAGUAAAUCUGCAAAUAUUUUUGGAUGUAAGUUAAAUGUGAAUCUUUCAUGACACCCUGGUAUUUUACAAAAUGCCUGAUAUUUAUUACCAGCAUCACUGGUGAGAAAGUGUAUUUUAAUGACAUAAGCAAAAAUGUUGUAUGGCAGCAUUCUCAUUUCAACAUUAUUUGGAGAUUCAAAGAUAGAAAUGCUAAAUCUCAAAUUCAGAGCACUAUAUAGCAGCAAACAACAAUUUGUUAUUGUAAAGAUAUGGUGGAGUAAUGGUGCUCUUAGCAGAGAAUGAAGUAAAUUUAUUCCAAGCUUCUCUGUGCUUUAUUUAUGUAGCCGGUUCGGCCCUUACGUGCAUGUUAGUGCAUGUGAACCAGUGUGCCUGCUGUUGAGUGCAUUGCCACCGAUCUGCGCCGCACUCAUACAGUGGUUACCACCGAUAACACCACCUGGACCCACGGCGUCAACAGCCCCACCCUCCGGUUACCCCUGUUGUUUCUGUCAGCACUGUUGCUGUUGUCUGCACAGUUCCUGCUGUUAGCACCGUCACCUUCUAGCUGCUGGCUCAGUUGUCGCCUUGUUGAUAGAUGUGUGGAGGCAAUCCCUCAAUCAUAGAUUUGCUCCGAAUUUGGAAUUUAGCACCUUUUAACUUUUUUGUUUUUUUUAAAAUAACAACUUGGUUUUGCAAA